AUGGCCGCAAAACCAACCGACUACGAUAUCAUCAUUGUCGGGGCUGGCAUCUCUGGUGUCAAUGCCGCCUACCGAAUUCAAACGCAGCUGCCGCCAGGCACAACCUACACGAUUCUGGAAGCGCGCGAUAAUAUGGGCGGUACCUGGGAUCUCUUCAAGUAUCCUGGCAUUCGCUCCGACUCGGACCUUUACACUUUUGGGUUCCCUUUCCGCCCCUGGACCAAGGAAAAUGCCAUUGCGGAUGGACCGUCCAUUGUCAACUACAUCAAGGAUACGGCAGCGGAAUACGGCAUUGACCAGCAUAUCCAGUUCCGUCAUAAGCUUUUGUCGGCCAAUUGGUCUUCGGAAUCCCAGACAUGGUCAUUGGACGUCGAUGGAGAUGGCACAAGAAAGAGGUUGAAUUCGUCAUUCAUGAUCAUGGCCACGGGCUAUUACGACUACAAUGAGCCGCUGCAGACAACCAUCCCGGGUCUCGAGAAUUUCAAGGGUUCCAUCGUGCAUCCGCAGUUUUGGCCUGAAGACUUGGACUACUCGAACAAGAAGAUUGUCAUCAUUGGCAGCGGCGCGACCGCCAUUACCCUCCUUCCGAAUCUCGCAGAGAAGGCCUCUCACGUCGUCAUGCUUCAACGCUCGCCUGGCUACAUCGUUUCCCUUCCUUCUGUUCGGCCCCUCGACCACAUCGCCCGCUCAAUCCUCCCCGCCUCGCUCGCCAAUGCCCUCAUCCGCUGGCGUUUUCUGAUAACAAGCUACCUCUUCUAUCAUUUCUGCCGCGUCUUCCCUAACGUCGCGCGAACCCUCAUCCGCCGUGGCACCGUCCCGCAACUCCCCAAGAACGUUCCCCAUGAUCCGCACUUCGUCCCCAACUACAACCCGUGGGAACAACGUAUGUGCAUGUGUCCGGAUGGCGACUUCUACAAGGCGCUUCAAGAAGGAAAGGCAUCCAUCACGACCGGGCGGAUCAAAACCGUCGUCGACGGCGGCAUCGAGCUCGAAGAUGGCUCGCGUAUCGACGAUGUCGACAUGAUCGUCACCGCCACAGGGCUAAAGGUCCAACUGGCCGGCGGCGCUCAGAUCAACGUCGAUGGGGAACGGAUCGAUCCGGGCAAGAAGUUCAUUUGGAAAGGGCUCAUGCUGCAGGACGUCCCCAACCUGGCAUACGUCAUCGGCUACACCAACGCCUCGUGGACGCUGGGUGCGGACGCGACGGCCCAACUCGUGACGCGUCUGAUCAAGCACAUGCGUGGCAAGGGUAUCACGAGCGCUGUGCCGCGCAUUGAGAGCCCAGAAGACCUGAAGCCGAUGCCGGUGUUGAAUCUCAGCUCGACGUAUCUCCACAAGGCGGAAGGCGCGCUGCCCAAGGCGGGUGAUAAGGGCCCGUGGGUGGCGAGGAAGAGCUAUUUUACUGACAUUUGGAAUGCGAAGUUUGGGGAUAUCAAGACGGGCCUGCAGUUCUAUAGAGUCUCGACGUAG